GUUUUCCGGCGGCACAUUAGUAGAGGCAGUCGCCGUUACUAUAAACGCCGAGCGAGUAGUGUCCUUUAAGUGACUGUUCCGCUCUCUUCUGUCUCAGUUUGCUUUUCAGGUGACUUUCCUCGUUCACGGUGGAUCUCUGACGGACAGAUGGGAAAUGCCAACGGGAGGGAGGAAGGAGCCAACGGGAGUGAGGAUCCGUUGGGAAGAUCCAACGGCGAAUCUUGUGGAAACUACGGUUCGAAUUCGCAAGCCCCAGGGAGAGUGCCUUCUUCGGAUUCUAUGGCUAAUAGCCCUCCCACCAGUCCUCGGCGCUCUCGAUCCCCUCUCUUGUUCGCUCCUCAGGUCCCUGUAGCUCCCUUACACAGAGGUGAUGGUGGUUCUCCCUUUUACAACCAGGCAUGGCAGCAUGAAUCUCAUGGAGCUGUUGCUACUCCACUAGAACAAGGGAUUCCCGUCAUCAUUACAUGGAAUUAUGGGGGUAAUGAUGUGGCUGUAGAAGGGUCUUGGGACAAUUGGACAUCAAGGAAGACCCUACAGAGAUCUGGGAAAGAUCAUUCAAUUCUUUUGGUACUUCCAUCUGGCUUAUACCAUUACAAGUUCAUUGUGGAUGGGGAAUGGAAAUAUAAUCCGGAUCUUCCUUCUGUAGCUGAUGAAUCUGGCAAUGUCUGCAAUCUUCUUGAUGUUCAUUAUGAAAAGCUGGUAAGGUUGCUUAGGAGAGGUCCCAAAAGUUUAGAGCUUAAGUCUCCAUGUUUGGUGCCUCAAGUUCAAACCUUGGAUGGUGGGGGAUGGUUCUGGCAAAAGGAGGACUAUGUACCAGAGAUUCUGGAUAGUGUGGCUGAGUUUGAAGUACCAUCAUCUCCAGAAUCCACUUACAGUUGGGCACUUCCAACAGAAGAAGAUUAUGCCAAGGAGCCACACAUGGUUCCACCGCAGCUGCAUCUGACAGUCCUUGACAUGGAUAAUCAAGAUGAAGCAUCCCCUUCAAAGCCUCAGCAUAUUGUGCUUAACCACCUUUUCAUAGAGAAAGGAUGGGCAACCCAGUCCGUGGUUUCCUUGGGACUGACCCAUCGGUUUCAGUCUAAAUAUGUCACUGUUGUGCUCUAUAAGCCACUCAAAAGGUAACAGGCCUCCAUGCUUACUUUGUAAAGGAAGAAAGGGAGUGGUAUUCACAAUUCAAACUGUUUGUGUAGGUACCACUGUUUAUAUAAGCGCUUGACACUUAACACGUUCCUUGUUUGUUUUCUUUUACUCCAAAAUUUUUGUUAGUUAACCUUCAAUUAUUUUUGCUUACUGAAACAUUUUCCCUUUUUCUAACCUCAAUUAUAUAGAAAGCACAUUAUCAUAUAGUUCUGGGCAGUGUUCCCUAGCUCUUCAUAAACAUAACUUGUGGAACAAGCCUGUUUGAGGAAGGAGAAGUUGGUUGCAGAAUUGGGUCUUUCUUCCACUGUUUUAGAUCAUGAGCAUAUCAUUGAUUCAGUCCAUCGUGUACUUGGCGCUGGUAUUUGCUAACAAUAAUCAAAACUGAAUGUAUGU